CCACGCCGGCCUCUUCAAACGUCGACACGGCCCCGUGCAAGGGUAAAGAAGGCGGAGCACCGAGCUUUGACGGGCACUCGCAGCACCACCACGCACCCGGUGCGCUCCACCCGUCAGGGGCCCGCACAACCAGACCGCGAGCACCGCGCCACACACGGCACUAAAGCUGCUUCUACCCUCAGAAGGCGGACGGACAGCGUGUCUGUCCCCCCUACCCACACCCAACUGCUACCACCACCCACACCACAGCAACUACAUCACGACCCGCCAACGUCCUUCCUAGCAGAAGUCAGAGCCGUCAGACCAGCGGUGUGGUUCCCCCCUUACACACUAACACCCCGCACACGCCGGCAAGUCCUCGGAGCCGCAAGAUGUCCAGGUUUUCUCUACUAGUGGCCACUGUCCUCCUCCUGCUGUCAGUCUUCGACCACGCAAAAGCUGAAGAAGUCGUGAAUGGCGCCAACUCGGAAGGUGCAUCCCCUGCGGCCGAGACCUCGAGGGUAAAGCGAAGUGGCAUCAACAUGUUGCGACUGGGCCGCGGGCUACAGAUGCUACGACUGGGCAAGCGAGCCCUCGACCUCUCACCGGAAGAACUGAACGCCCUCGAAGAGGUGCUGCUCGCCCUCGAGAAGGAGGCGAGCAGCGACCUCGCGGCUGAAGACCUUGCAGAGGAGGAGUCACACUUCCGGUACCGGAGGUCAGCUGAUUCAGAGCCCCCCAGUAAGGAGGCGGUGCCUGACGCCCCACCCGUCCCCGACAGUGACGUCAAGCCCCAAUCAGAAGAAGGGUCAUUGUCCUACUUGGAGGAACCUUCCUAUACCGACGACCUUCUGUAUCCCGACGGGUUGGACUGGAACGGCGACGAUGACUUCACGGGAGCUGCCGAGAAUGGAGAAGGUCAAGGGGAAGACGACCUGUCGGUUAACAAGAGGCAGAUCAGGAUGCUGCGACUCGGUAAGCGACCAAUGAACAUGCUCAGGCUGGGCAAGCGACCAAUGAACAUGCUUAGGCUUGGAAAGCGACCAAUGAACAUGCUCAGACUGGGCAAGAGAGACAACGGCGAUGAAGAAGAGGAUCUGAUACCCGACGAAGAGGAUCAGUUCGAUGCCGAAAAGCGACCAAUGAACAUGCUUCGCCUCGGAAAACGUCCAAUGAACAUGCUCCGUCUCGGAAAGCGCCCGAUGAACAUGCUGCGUCUGGGGAAGAGGCCAAUGAACAUGCUCAGACUGGGGAAACGACCAAUGAACAUGCUUCGCCUGGGCAAGCGACCAAUGAACAUGCUCCGAUUGGGAAAGCGACCUAUGAACAUGCUGCGGCUUGGAAAACGUCCAAUGAACAUGCUGAGGUUAGGAAAGAGAGACUCAGCAUAAAUGGAGUAGUGAUCCAGAAUACACCUGUAUUCUCAGCCAGAGAGGUAUUCGACUGAUCACUACCGGCAAUCCCCUAUAGUGAGAGAGCGAAGCUAACGCCACCUGGACUGUACCAUGUUCUUUAUCCGAGUCUUUCCUGAUGGCAGGGGGCAUAACCCACAUGCACAGGCAGGCGACAAAAACAAAUGCAUCUGCUUCGAUUUGUAUCAAAUGUCAAAGCAAUACUCUUGUUACCUCUCUUUCUCUCUGUCUCUCUAUCUCUGUCUCUCUUUCUCUCGCAAGCACCAGCACCCAAAACCAUGCAGUUGUGUCCCUUAUCAUACAAUACAGCACACAGUUUAAUUCUUGUUGUCCAUACGGUAAUUAGCAUGCUAAUUCAUAUGACGAUCGUGCUAGCAGACUGCAAACAGAAAUAGCCGAUGAAAUGGAAAUAAAGUUUGUAUGUUUAUGUUUCCCUGUUAAUCCAUUCAUUUCUUUUCACCCUCUCCCUUCUCUCACUCUGUGUCUCCAUAUCUUGUUCUCUCUAUAUUUUUUCUUCGUAAUAACUUGAAAGAAUGAGUCUUUGAACCUGAAAACUAGCAAUUCUGAAAAUCUUGGACUUUUACAGGUUCUCAAAACGUUUUCUUUCUUUCCAUACUGCAAUUGAAAAAAAUUUGGAUGCAUUUGUUAAUGAAGGGCAUAAUAUUGACAUCUCUGUUUACCUGUUUGCCUGACAUGAUCUCAGUAAGGUCACUACUACAAGAAUCAUGUUGCAGUCUAUACGCCGCUCCCUGGGGCCCCGUCACGUGUUACAUACAAAUCAUUUGCAAUAUGUCCUGCCUGGAAAGUAUGCUGGAACUGUUUGAUGCUGAUUGCUGGAAAAAUUGUUAAUUAAAAUUAACACUUUCGAUAACGAUUUUUUGCUUUAUUUUAAACCAAGGUGAUGAGAGGUAUUCCACAUUUAUCGUCGUCAGUAGAUGUUAAGUAAAGCAUUUUAAAAAAUACAACAUGUUUUAAUGUU